UGCGAUUAUAAAUACUUCUACUUUAACUGCUUUUCUCCUGAUCUUGUUUUCGUUUUCUAAAUGCCGGUACCGGCAUUAUUUCUGAUCGAAUAUUUGGAGAAAAAUAAGUUCACUUCAUGGCAUAAUUUUGGAAUUAAAUUACGCAUUUAAAUUAAAUCAAGGAAUAAAAUUAAAAAAAAAUUAGUUUCAUUUAUGAAUGCUAUUGGGUUUUGUAUUUUAAUAAUUAGACAAUUACUUUUCUAAAUUAUUGAAAUUGAAGCAUUAGAUUUUUUUUCCGUUUUAUUAUGAGCGAUCGUAUUGUAUCUGCUGACUGAUGAUCUGUAUUUAAAUUAUUAUAAGCAUUAAUCUAAUUUUGUAAAUAUGAUUUUCAAAAUUUUCACUCUUGGUGUAUUAUAUUUUGUUCAAGGCUUACCAUAUGGAUUUCAGGACAAGUUCAUUCCAAUGUAUUUAAGAUCGGGAGGAUUAUCUCAUACUCAUUUAUCUCUCAUGAAGCUGUUACUUUUGCCAUGGUUGUGCAAAGCAGGCUUUGCACCCCUCAUAGAUUUAUUCUGGACAAAAUGGCUUUGGCUUAUGUUCAGUUUAGGUGCAUUAACUUUUAUUUCUUUUCUUGGUAUGUUUAUCAACACUGAAUACUUUGUAUUGAUGUCUGUUUGGUUGUUAUUGUUGAACUUGUUGUCUGCUUUCCAAGAUGUUUCAGUUGAUGCACUAGCUUUACAUAUUCUUCAAGAUUGCGAAAUGGGUCAUGGAAACACUGCCCAGGUUGUAGGAUAUAAACUUGGAGCACUAUUUGGUGGAGGAAUUCUGUUCUGGGUCCAUUAUUAUCAUGGUUGGACUUAUCUAUGUCUUUCAUUAGCUAGUUUAUAUAUAAUGUCUGUUGUUGCUUUUUUACCAAUGUUCACACAGCAUUUACUUAUGCAAGUUAAUCCUGAAACACCCACAGUAAGUGUUACUGAAAAGCAAACUGUAGAAGAAAAGAAAGAUGAAGAAGAUUCUGUCCCUAAGCCAUUUAGUAUUGAAGAAUCUCAUGAAAACCUAGUAAGACACAGAUAUAUAAAAAAGAGAGAACUUCCAUUCAGAGAAGAAGUUCCACCUUUGACUUCUCCUACCUCUGGAAGACGAUACAAUGCAAGCGAGAUCCCCAAAAUUAUUUUUGCUACCAAAGGAACUAUACCAGCUAUUUUGUUUUUACUGGUUUAUAAAUUAGGUGAAAGAGGAUCACUUUCAACAUUUCCCAUUUUUCUAAUUGAUCAAGGUGUUUCUACCAGAGAUAUUGGUCUGUGGAGUGGUAUUUUUGGACAGUUAUGCUCUCUUGCUGGAUCAAUUUGUAGUGGAUGGCUAAUUUCUAGAAAAUGGAAUUUGUACUUUAUUCUCCAUCUUACUUUAGUGGCAAGAAGUGGACCAAUAUUUAUGCAAUUUAUAAUUGUCAAUUUGUGGGAUACGGAAUUUUCACCUUUUCUUCAAUCAGUCUUCUUCUUCUUUAGUGUAGCGAGUCUCUGUGCCCUUGAAUUCACUGCAGGAUUGGUCACUACUGCAAUUUUCACCCUCAUGAUGGCAUGCUCAUUGAAAGCGGUUCCUUCUUUACAAGCCACCCAUUACUCUGUAUUAUCCUCUGUUGAAGUAGCAGGGAAGUUGAUUUUCUCAUCUAUUGCUGGAGUUUUGAUUGAUGUGAUGGGGAUCGCCAAUGUUUACUUCUUGUUCUUUGUUUUGUCAUCUUUCUCUGUGUUUUUACUUCGCUUCAUUGACAUAUCAUAAUGUAUCUAGAGCUAGGAGUCUAUUAAGGUUGUGCUGUUUUAUAUACCCAGAAAAACACCAGUCCAACGUAUUGAAUCCACUGUGUUUAAGUACAGCUUAUAUAUUCAGCAGCAAAAAGUAGAUGGGUAUUAAUAUAAAAUAUCACUUGAGUUUGUUGUCUAGACUAAUAUCAAAAAUGUGUAUUGUUAUCUGAUUUAUAUACUGGUUUGAAAACAAUGAAUCAUUGUUUAUUAUAUCAUUGCAUUGAAAGUAAUUUUAUAAGUUGCUUGUGGUCUUAAAAGUGAUAGUAACAGAGCAAAUAUUAUUAAUAGUGAAUUCAACAAAAUAUGUUUGAAAUUAAUUUAGUUUAACUGCAAGUAUGUAGACUCUGUGUAAAAAAAUAUAUUUGUAAAUUAAUUUUCUUUCCAUUUGCUGUUGAAUAUCACAUAGCAGCAAUUGGAAUUCAUGUUAAGUCGUUAGUCCCAUGUAUUCCAAUAAAUGAUCUGCAUGUGUAGAUACCUCAAUAAUAUCAAGUAUUUGUAUUUGAUGUUAUUCAGAUAUUAGUUAUAUCAAAUGCUUGUUAUAAGUAAUCAUUGAAAAAUGCAUGACUUUCAAUGUUUAUCAUGGCAUUAGUGCAGUAUUAGCAUUAUAGUCAUGAAUGAUAAUAGCACUUGUUCAACAUAAAUGUUGGAAAGUUGUGUAUUUCAUCUAUUUCUUUUACAUUUGCUGUUCUACAUUGUAAAAUUUACUGAUUGUAAUAAAGAAAUUAAA